CGUCUCUCUCGCCAGGCAGGCACACCAGGACAGCAGCACUCAACCCGGAAUUGCGACAGUACGAAGAAGGUUUUAAAAGUCCGAAUUGAUCCUUCAGAACAUCGGGCAAGAACAGUACAUACAGUAUGAGCACCUUCGGGAGCCCAGGCCCGUUGCCCUCAACACGGCCCAUCCCGCCGCAGAGAGGAAGCUUUCCGCUAGACCAUGACGGAGAGUGCAAGCAUGUAAUGAUGUCCUACCUGAGCUGCAUGAAAAAGGUGAAGGGGAUGAACGACGACGAGUGCCGGAUGCUCGCCAAAUCUUACCUAGGUUGCCGGAUGGACCACAACUUGAUGGCCCGGGACGACUUCAAGAAUUUGGGCUUCAAGGCAAAAAGCCAAGAAGCACCAGCAAAGCAAAGUGCUGGCAGCGAGGCAGGGGUCAAAGGAGAGCUCCGUUGGUGAUUUGGCGGGACACCCCACUUGCAGCUCUGGGGUGUUGGUGUUAACGAUGUGGGGUCGAGCACCACAUGUCUCCCAAGUACGAAUAGGUACCCAAGGAUCGAGUCGGUCUGGGCUCAGCAGCCAGCC